AGACUUUGGGGAUCCUGACAGCGGGAGAGACGCGUCCCGGCGGGUGAGAGCGGUAUGGCCUUCCCUUUGGCUGUGGAGUUGGACUCUUUCAAGUACUGCGAGCUGCAGAGCUUGGCCAAGAGCUUGGGCCUCCGGGCCAACCUGCGGGGAGACAAACUUUUAAAAUCAUUGAAAGAACACUUUCAACAUGAACUCAAGAAAGAAAAUGAAAAUCAGAAUGGCAAAAGUAACAUCUCUCCUUCCUCUCAUGAGGACAUUGAAAUGCUUAAUGACAAUGAAGAAAAAUCUGAUCAGGAAACUGCCAUUGUCUCUGUCACUUUACCCCUGGGAAGAGGCAGAGCAACUCCAGAAAACAGCGGCUCCAAGCAGGAUCAUUCAGAGAUGACAGAAAAUGAUCAUACUGGGUCUUCCAGAGAGAAAAAAUACCAAAAGGAAAAUCUCUUAGCCAUUACAGAGGCCACAAAGCCAUCCAAAGGAAACCAAAAGAACAAGAGGACAAUUUACUCUGAAGAAAAUGAAAUGGAAGGUGAUACACAAGAUGGUUUGUCCAAACCUAAGAAAAGGAAAACAAUAUUUACAACUCCAAAUUUUAAGAAGAUUCAUGAAGCUCAUUUUAAGGAAAUGGAAUCUAUUGACAAAUAUAUUGAUCGAAAAAAGAAACGUAUGGAAGUCCUUAACAAUUCAGUGAAGGAAUUAAAGGGCUCUGACUCUUGCAAAUUGACAGAAAUGUUUAAGAUAUUAGCUAAAAAUGCUAACCUAACUGGAUCUCCCUACAUUAAUUCCAAGAAAAGUUCAUCUAACAUGAGAAUAAUAAGCCCAGCUCCUCAGAGAGGCAGGCCCUCUACUACCUGCACUCCCAUCAAUCCACGACGCUCACUUCGUACAUCUCUUGGGACUGCAAAUCGAAGUAUCUUGUGCCAGAAACCGUUCAAGCCUUCCACCCUCUCAACUAACAAAAUGAAUGUCAGGUUCUCAGAGACUACUAAAGAUAACGAGCAUAAACGCUCACUGACCAAGACCCCUGCCAGAAAAUCUCCAUAUAUGUCCAUGCUUGACACCCAGCCACAAUGCGAAGCUGUCCUAGUGAAGAAUAAGGAAAAGGAAGCCACUCUAGUUAAGGGUGAACAUACUCCAGUUGUUACCCCAUUCAAGUUUACAGCUGAAGCAACACAGACUCCAGUCAGUAAUAAGAAACCAAUAUUUGAUCUCAAAGCAAGUCUUUCUCGUCCACUUCGCUAUGAACCACACAAAGGGAGACUAAAGCCAUGGGGGCAAUCUAAAGAAAACAUUGCUCUGAAUGAGACAAAUAGAAUUGACUUCCACAAGAAAAGUUACAAACAGCCACGUCUCCAAAUCAGAGAAGAGCAACGGAGGAAACUUGAGCAGAAAAGGAAAGAGAAGAAAGACGGUGUCCUUGGAACGCGAAGGGGACUCGCCAUGCUUGGAGACUGAAUCUGCCCAGUGCUCUGCAGACAGCCUUGAUCACGAGUCCUUAUGCUUCUGUAAAUAUUUCUCUAUUUGUUUUGUCCUUGUACACUUCCACCAGUCUGUCCUUAUGCUGUCCUUUCCCUACUCCUCACAGAGGCUGCUCAUCGCCAUCAUGGAGAUACUGAUACUAUCAGCUCACAAAGGUCUCGUUUACAAACUCUGGCAGACUGUCUAAAAUGGCUUUUCUUUGGCUCCUUUUUGUUUAAUAAAGUAUAGCCUCUUAAUUCUUAAACCCAAUUUUUUGUCAGUCUCCUCUUCCAGUCCUUGGAUCCCCAGCCCCCUAGACAUAACCUUUUUCAUAGUUUAAAAAAUGGGAGAAAAGGAGAAGGUAGAAUAGAAGACUCCUCUAUAAACCUCUAGCUUACUAACUAAAAAUAUUGUUCUCUACCUGAGUAAGCAUCAAUAUAAAAAAGUCAAGCUUCCAUAUUUUCUUAAAUUUUUCCUUAGUUAACUGUUCUCUAUAAAUAUAUAUAUUUGUUGUAAUUUGUUAGUAGAUGCCAUAGUUCACAUUUAUGCCCUAAAUGCUUUCAAGAUUAAAGCAAAAGGAUCAUGCUUACAAGAGUCUCCAAUUCUCAUAUUAUUUCUUUAAGUUAGUUUUCCAAGAUUGUUGUGUCUGUGCUCUAAUCUCUUAUUCAAAGGAUAUAAAAGACUGCAGAUGCAUAGAAUUAUAGCCAUAUCUAUUGACUUUCAGAAUUUUAUAUUUGGCACAGUCUCUGUCAGAUUAAAAUACUGUUCUUAAGCUAAUCUGCUCAAUGUUUUCUAUUGCUUUGUAAAAUUUUUAUAAAUAAAAUAAAAACUGCAAAUUCAA